AUGGCGUGGGUUGUGCUGGUGACGGGAGGGUCCCGCGGGUUUGGCCGUGCACUGGCCUUGGCCUUCGCAGCGAACAAAGCCUCCGCCGACGAUGGAGAUCUGCACUUGUACCUGUGGUCCCGCGACGCGGCUGGUAUGGCAGCCACGGCGGCCGACGUCACUGCUGCUUGGCAACGCCAGACCAGCCAUAGCAUCCAUGUGACGCAGACCGUCGUGGACUUGAGUGACGACUCGACGUACGGACCUGCCAUCGACACGUUCCUUGAGGAAGCACAAGUAGUCGCGUCCGUCGACCGUGUUGUGGUGGUCCACAACGCUGGAUCCUUGGGCCAAGUGGGACGCAUUGCCGAAGUGGCAUCUCCCCAAGUGAUUCGACGGCACAUGGAACUGAACGUGAAUUCCGUACUAUGGAUCAACAAACGGCAAGAUCAAAUGUCCAUACUUCGACUAACCAUAGUGAAUAUAUCUAGACUCUUGCAAAUGUAUGGCACCCAAGCUCAGGCGGCUAGAGCGGCUCGCGACAUGCAUUUCCGAGUGGUGGCCACGGAAGAAGACACGACGCGUGUGAAAUGCCUCAAUUUCGCGCCAGGACCCAUGCAAACGGAAAUGGGAAACGAGAUCCGAGAUGGACCUGCGACGGACCCGGCCCUCCAGCGCAUGUUUAAAAAACUCCAAGCCGAUGGCACAUACGUCGAUGUGAAUGUGUCGGCGCAGCUGUGUGUGUCGCAUGUAUUUGGGCCGACGCUGGUUUCCGGCACCCAUGUGGAUUAUUACGACAUCUACCAAGGCUAA